CCCGCGAAGCUUACUGCUACUCGGAGUGCUCAGUCCGCGGUGCCGCUCACCGCACGCUGAAGGCGGAUGGCCUGUCAAUCAUCAUACCAACUGACUCGUUAUGUCAAGGUGUCAGACGGGGCUAGUCAACACGCUGUCAGAGAGGCAUGGGCAAGCUGUCCACCUUCCAAGCUUCUCAUUUGCCAGGGGAAGACUUUAUUUAUCCCGGCCGCACACAGCCCAUGUCUAUUAGUAUUUUCUGUCUCUGGCAAGGCCCGCAUCGAAUUUUAAUAAUUGCUCCUGCAAGACUACAACUGGGAGUCAGUACAGCCUCAACGUUUUUGGCAGAGUGGUGUGAAUCUGUGAUAGGCUCAGACCAAUUGCAGGACUGCCUGCUCCCAUUCAACUGGCGGUGUUAUGGCGCCUGUGACGCUUGCCACCCUGCUAUCAGUGCUGGCCGUGGUGCUCUUGACUGCAACAGCAAUGGAAGAGCAGUCGACAUCAAGGUUACCGGGCCAAGGCAUGCAUCAGUACAUGAGCGAGCGGCACCUGCGGACAUUCUUCGGCAGUGAAGACGUGGAUGGUGAAGACCUGGCAUACCACACUGCAUCGCCGAGCCAAGUCACGCCUAGCGGCAGCCACGUCUCCUUCGACCUGCUCGAGGCCGGGCACCAUCGCCGUCGACGAUCACUGCCGUCGUCGCGGCAAACGUUCUUCAAGGUGCACGGCUUCGGCCGAGACUAUCAUCUCAGCGUGACGGAGAGCGACGGUCUCUAUAGCGACCUCUCCGUCAUCGAGCACCUUGGCGCGGGAGGCAACGUGACGCACCAUCAGCCGGUCGUCGAGCCCAAGCAUUGCUAUUACCGAGGUCAUGUGACCGGCAUGGCCAACAGCUCUCUGGUGGCGUUCAGCACAUGCAAAGGCAUGAUGGGAGCGGUGUAUUCAUCCAGCGACGCCUUCUAUGUGCACCCACUGCCUGCCUAUCUCCUCGAGCACGAAUCCAACACACACGGCCACACGCAUCUGGUGUAUCGGCGCUCAAUCGAAGGUCCCCUUCCGGUCAAGAGGCACCGCAGCUGUGGAGUGGGCGCACAGCGUGAUCCAUCAGGGUUCCAGCGCUACCGCUACGAUAACAUUCCGUACCACAGCGCCCGCGAGGAGAUACUCGCCAAGUCCUACCAGAAUCAGAAGAGCGUGCGCAACCAGUUCGGCCAGCUCUACGUGGAAAUGAUGAUCACGGCCGACUCGUACAUGAUUGAUCUGCACGACGGGGAUUUGGACUACAUCAACUCCUACAUAUUCACGCUGAUGAACGUGAUGCAAGCAACGCUGGCAGCGGAAAGCUCGGGAUUCGACAUAAGAAUCCAUGUGACUCGCAUUAUGUACCUGCUGGAACCUCAGCCUCAAUUGCCCGUCACACAUGACUCGAAUAUCCUGCUCGACAGGUUUUGCGUUUUCCAGCACAGGCAGAAUCCGCCGCCGGAUCGUCACUUUCUCCACCAUGACUACGCCAUGUUGCUGACCGGGUACGGUCUUUGUUCGAGAAACAAUCGUGGCGGAUGCGAUGAGCUUGGCCGUGCGUUUAUUGGCACGAUUUGCAAUCCCACUCGGUCCUGCGGCUUAGUGCGCGACAGGGGCAUUCAGAAUGGCGUCGUGAUGGCUCACGAGUUUGGCCACGUACUUGGCGCCGAUCACGACUUGACCAUCUGCCCGCGCGGCGGGGGCUAUGUGAUGGAGGCGUCGGCCAACGACGUGCAGAAGUACUGGCAGUUCUCGGAUUGCAGCAAGGCCUUCUUCCGCAACACAUUCAAUUCUGAACAGGUGUCUUGUCUACUGGAUUGUCCACGCCAAUUUCACGGUCUGGUGGAGAAUGAGAAUAAGCUUCCCGGUGAGCUGUACAGUCUUGAUCAACAGUGUAGCUUCAGAUUCAGAAACUACUCGGCGUGUCCCUAUAAGAAAGAGGUGAUAUGCCAGACUCUGUUCUGCGACAGCAGGGACAGUUCGACGGGCUGCUGGACCAACUUCUCGCCGGCACUGGACGGCACACCGUGUGGAAAUAACAAGAUCUGCUAUCGUCGACAGUGCGUUGACAAUUCCACGGUGCAGCGUCUGCACUUCGACAAGCUCGCUACCUGCCAGACAUUGCCGGAGAGCGCUGGAUUCCCGGAUGUCCUGCGGCGGCCCAUCAUACAGAGGGCGGUCGCCAAGCAGCCAAUCAACGGCGGCUGGGCAGACUGGUCCGACUGGUCUGCGUGUAGUCUUACCUGCGGUGGAGGACUUAUGUAUCGGCGUCGUGAGUGCAUCAACCCAGAGCCAAGCAAUGGUGGUUUGCCUUGUGAUGGCUUGCACGCGGAUGUCAAGCCCUGCGAAACACCGCUUUGCUCAGCGUCAAGCAUUGCCUCCAAACCUUUCCGUGAUGCCGACGACAUCUGCGGGGCACUUGGUACGGCUGAAACUGGCCGACUUGUGCCACACACUCGCAUGAACAGCUCGGCAGCGACGGCUUGUAAGGUGCUGUGCCGCGAGAUCAGCGACACGCGGGGAGAGAAGCUUCACGACUUUAACAUGGUGCUGCCGGAUGAGGCGCCGUGCGAGGUCUUGAUGGGUGACAGCUUGGGCAGCGGCAAGUGCAUUGACGGCGUAUGCGUGCAGAGCAUUGGCUGUGAUGGUAGGCUGGAUUCCGGACUGAAGAAGGACGUGUGCGGUGUGUGCGGCGGAACGGGACAGUGCUGCAGGGUCCUGCACCGCGUGACGCAACCCAAAACACGCUCGCGGCGAGGCCGUCACUAUCAGAUGAAAAUCCCGCGUGGAGCAGACAACAUCAUCGUCAGAAUGCGUGACCAAUCUAAAGACUUUGUGCUGAGCGUGAGCAUCGGCCGCACGGGCAUCCUGAACCACGCCGACAGCGCCAUCGUGCCGCACAUGCGCCGGAUCCUGCCCGGCCGCACCCAGUCGCUGCUGCAGUACUCGCAUCCGAGCCACGCGCCCGCAUACCUGACCGUUCGCGGCAGCCUCAGCAGCGAGAUAACCAUCAACACCUUCCGGCUCUCCGGUCACGGGGAGUACACAGAGCCCGGCGUGGAGGCCACGUACACACGACCUGAGGCGCGCACUUGCUCCCAAAAGCACUACUGGCGAACGGCAAAGACAAAAUGUCAGGGUACAUGUGGAUCAGGAAGACAAACCAUUUACAGUGUGUGCACCGACCGGUCCAAUGGCAAGCAGCCCAGGAGUAACGAAUGCCGUCGCCUGCGUCUACAGGGCUUCAAGUCUAAUACGAGUGCGUCAUGCCAUCUGGACACUGAGUGCGAGAAGCCGGCAAGGUACGAAUGGCGUUUCUGGAGGUGGAGCGAAUGUACCCGCACAUGUGGAGGCGGGGCGCAGACCAGGAGAGUUGCCUGCUUCGAGUCCGGCAGGCCUCGCCAGCCGCCGGUUGCUAAUAAACUGUGCACUAACAUUCGGCCGCCAACGCAGAGAUCGUGCAACGUCCACGUCUGCACACCUGUCAAGCCUAUCUGGAUUAACAAGAAAUGGUCUAAUUGUUCAGCUGCAUGUGGCAAGGGCGUGCAGGUGCGCGUCAUCAUGUGCCGCCUGAGAAUCGGUACCAAGCCAGUCAACGUUCCGCCGCUGGUAUGCCAGCGAGCAGGAGUGCCCGCUAUUCCAGAGACCCGCGAGUGCACAGCCGCGCGAGCCUGCCCACCACGUCGAAGGCCAAGUAUCUGCAAUGACAUAUCCGACCUUUGCAAACUCAUCCGAGGUGGCGGUGGAUGCAAUGACCCCGGAAUGAAGAACCUGUGUUGCAAGUCAUGUUUCUGAGUGGGGAGUCAUAUGUUUACAACUCCCUGCAUCCGUGUGCUACAGUGUAUCAGUGAAUCACUACCUUCAGCACUGCUAAGUUUAUCUGUAUUUCUGUUUUAUGACAAAUGAUAUAAUCGUAUCAGCAUCACCUCAUUUUUUAUUGAUUGCUAAAUUCUAUCAAGGUGUAUACUUGUUCUCCAAACUUGAAUCACUGAUACGUUUUCUCCUAAAGAGAGCACAACAUGGGAGGGUGUUCCGAUUAUCUGAGGGUCCCUUUUUCUGUAAUUAUUCUCUUCGUGCACAUGGGCCUGUGCAUGUGAGGGCUGGUUGCGGUAUGCGAUGGAGACUCGGCUUGCUGUAACCUGUACAGUGUUUUAGUGUCCAUUGUCAAUUCUGAAACUUACCAAAUUGCCGAUUCAUUCUAUUUGUAUUCUAAAAAAACAUUCGUACCAUGCCGCUUCAGCUGAUUCUGUUCAUUGCCGUAUUAAACUAUUUCUAUUCUAUUUCUAAUUAUUCCGGCCAACGCACACAACCUCA